UUGUACACAAAACGAACAGCAGAAAUGAAAACUGACGACUGAAAUAUUUUGUCAUAGGAGUAACAGAGAAGCUAACGUGCUCAACUAAUGUAAUCCACGGGUGGACUUCUGAAAUAUGGCAUUUCAGAGAGAACUUGAUGAUAUGGCUAAAGCCAAACUUGGUGAUUUAAUAGCACGUCAGAAGAAUGUUGGGGGUAAAAGUGUCACCAAUGAUUUAAAAAUGAAUUAUGAACUGGAAGAACAGACUGCAGAAAACCUCACCAGAAAAGAACAAGUUGCUGCAAUGAAAUCAGUUAUUCUUCAAAAAGCACUUGAAAAAACAGACGGUUUGAAUGUCUACAGGGGCCCAGUUUCAGCCCACAACAUUCAUUCAGAACACAGCAAUCAAGUGAUUGCACUUACCUGUGAUAGGGAAGUUGCCUCCUGGUUGAGAACCCUGCACCUUCAGAAUGCUGAGAAAUAUCUGAAGAUUUUUGCAGAGCAUGAGAUAGACAUGCAGAGUUUGAAGUUGUUAAGGGAGAGAGAUCUGAGAAGCAUGGGGAUUACUGCAGUGGGAGCCACCAGUAAGAUUCUCUUUGCUAUAAAAGAAUUACAAGGAGAAGAUUUUAAGAGUCCAGUUUAUUCUACAAAUAAUGUUAGUGAGAUGGAUUUUGCCAGAGAUGUUGCUGGGGUCAGUAGACAAGAUAAAAGGAGUCAACAGAGGAAAAGGAAAGGUCCUUCUGCCAAUAUACAAAAUGCCUUACAAGAUCAAUCAUGUUUGAACCAUGGAUCCAAGGUGGCAGAUCAGAGUGAAGCACAGAGACAACAGAUUCUGAUGGCAGCUAGAAAAAAUGCCCGUGACAAGUUGGCUGCUAGACAUGUGGCAAGGAUGAAAGGAGAAGUGCAGGAAGAAGAAGCUGCUAGGAAAGAAGCCUUAGUAAAGUGGGGCAGUCACCAGAAAAAUGGCCAAAGUGUGCGGCAGGUCCUCAAAGAAGUAUCAAAAAAUGCAGAACUAAGAAAAGGUUCUUGUUUGAGUAAAAAACCACCAGCUCCUGAUGUACAGCCAAAAGCUAAUGAUGUAAACAGACAAAAGAUGGAAAAGCUUAAACCAGCAAGAAGAAAAAGGUCAAUGCCUGAUACAAGGAACUUUCUUCAAGUCCCCAAGGAAGCAGAUGGAAGUGGAGGUAAUAGGGCAGAUAAUGCUGAACUAAAGGCAGGAGCAGCACAAAACAAAAAAUGUGAUCGUUUACGAAGAGCAUCCCUACAGGCAGAAGAUAUGCUGAUUCAGUUGGAAUCUAAGAUGGGAGAACUGCAGCACAGAGCCUCAAUGGACAUGUCUGUAUCGGAGCAAACUCUGGAUGUCUUACAGCAGCAACUGGCCCAGCUACAGGAACACUAUAAAGAAAAACAGCAAAGGAUUCAGCAAAGAGAACAACAGAAAGUAAACCAAGAAGGACAAGAGGAUGAUGAGUCACCUGGAACUCGGGGACAACAACUACAGCACACUAGUUAUGAUCUGCAGCAUGCAUUGCAGUAUCAGCAGCAGCAAUUGAAACCUUCCCAGUAUGAAGAGAACAGUCAACGACAGCAUGAACAGGUUUAUCAGCAAAAACUAAAGCAUUCUCUUGGCAGUGAGCUUACCUAUGAGCCACAUUGCCCUCCACAACAAAAUCAGCAGCUCUGGGCUAUACCAAGUGACAAAUUAUAUCAGCAUGGUCCAGAGACAAAUGCUGCUCUGAGAGUCACCUCAAAUUACUUGGGUCAGUCUGCUGAUACAGUAAGCAUUAAUCACCCCCCUGCACUGUCAGAGAGAGGACUCGUUAUAAAGCAAGAGCUUCUGGAGAAUAUGAGGAAACAGAAGGAGAAACAGAGGGAGGAAAUAAAGUAUCUAGAGGACCAGCUCAGUCAAAUGAAGUACAGGGACAGAGUUAAUCAUAAUGAAAUACCUAAAGGAGACAUUUUAUUUGAUGAAGCAGAUCUGCUAGGAGAGGGCACUUUCUGCCAAGUGUUUAGAGGGACAUACAGGAACUCUGAGGUGGCUGUGAAGAGACUGCAGGUGCCCCUGGCAGCACAGGACAGGAAUUAUUUUACUGCUGAGGUGAACUUACUUCAAGAAUUGCGUCACCCCAGAGUGGUUCUCCUCCUUGGUGCCAGCACAAAAACUCGUCUUCCUCUAAUGGUACUGGAGUUCAUGUCCCAGGGCAGUCUUCACGAGUAUCUUCACGACAGUUCAAGACCUCCUCUGAACCAUGUGAGUUACUACCAGAUCUCACGUGAUGUGGCUCUAGGGAUGAACUACCUACACAGACACAAGCCUGUGGUACUGGUGCUGGAGCUCAACACCACACACAUCUUGCUGGGGGGAAAUGGGAGGGCUAAGGUGUCAGGAUUUGGCUUCUCCAAGCUCAAACAUGAUGCCCAGCUUGCUGCCUCUACAUCUGCAGCCUGCAACCCUGCCUGGAUGGCCCCAGAGUUGCUUAGCAACCAUGAUGUCACUACCAAAGCAGAUGUUUACAGUUAUGGAAUUGUACUCUGGGAAAUGCUGACAAGGCAGAUACCAUAUGAUGGGCUCUCUAUGUAUCAGGUUCUAGAACGAGUGCGGUCCAACCAAAGGCCUUCCUUGCCACCAUCAUGUCCUGAGAGUCUGUCUUCUCUGAUCUCCAAAUGCUGGCACCAGACACCUGGCAAAAGACCCCAUUUUAAGGAUAUCUUAGAUAUGUUGGAAGACUUAUCUUUCCCACCUGAAUGGAAGGCAGUGUUUCAAGUGGCAUCAAAUACACAAGAACUGCCCCAAGACAGUGUAAGAAUACUAACAAACUAGGAGGUGUACCACUGGGAUACAAUUCAGGGAUUCUAAACAUUCCAAAGACCACGCCGACUUGAAUUUAGGCUGAUUUGGAUUUAAGUCUCUGUCAGCCAUUAAGAAGACCUGCACAAAACAUGCAAUCCCAAGCCAUGUGUAGUCUCAAUUGUAGGCGGGGAAUAUGAUUCGACUUGUUAGUGUUCAUGUCAGCUUUGGUGUGAAGAAUUUUGCUUGCUGUAGUUUAGACAAUGAGGGAACAGUAUUCAGCUGAAAGCACAAAAUGUUUGAAAAGAAUUAUUGUGGAGUCCUCAUUAAAUGAAAGCACAUGGUAAUAUAUUGCUGUGGAUGAAAAAAAUUAAUGCUAAUUUAAGCUGGUUUGGAAUAUCAAUUUUAGUCAGGUCUAGCUAGGACAAUAAACAACAUUUGGUGUCUAGGUCAGGCCUACAAUUUUAGGUAAAUGUGCCAAAUCACAUGCUUAGAUAUUUCUAUUUUUACAACUGUUUUAUUAAGUAUGCUUUUAGAAUAUUUCUCUUCAAAUCUAUUAUAUUAUGCAUUCCCUUUGUUGUUUUUUGUCAAAAUGUUUUAUAUUUAUCAGCUUGUUGCACAAAGUGCUGUGGUGGGAUGAUUGCAAAAAAUGCAUUUUUGUUUUGGGAUUCUUUGGAAGAGUAAAAUGCAUACAUAAUUUUACUGUGUUCAUAAUAUUCAGCACAAUGGCAAUCAAAUUUUAGAGGCCAAAGAUUUUUGUACCAGAUUUUCCCAUAUUCUUUUAAGUAGAGUUUCAAUCUGAAAGGCAUGUUUCAUCCUCCAGACAGAAGAUAACAAAGUUUUAAUUUUGUUGUAAUCACAGGUUAUAAAAUGAAUUAAUUGUAA